AUGGGAAAGAUAGCAACAAAACUACGGGAGAUUAAGGAAGGAUUCAAAAACGAUGAAAACUUAACUCGAGGAAGAAAGGGCUUUGUUCGCGGAAUAAAAGCAUUACCGUCGUCGACAGGACAUUAUUUGGUUCGGAAGAUUCCUUUCGUACGUUGGUUCCCAAACUAUGCUCCAAGAUGGCUUGUGGACGAUAUGAUUGCUGGAGUAACAGUCGCAUUGGUCUUGAUUCCCCAGGCCCUGGCAUCUGCAGCGUUAGCUGGCAUACCAUUGCAGCAAGGACUCUUUGCUAGCUGGUUGCCAUCGGUCAUUUAUUUCUUCAUGGGUACAUCGAAAGACAUUGCUACAGGCCCUACAACAUCCUUGAGUCUACUUACCAACGCCGUUGUGUUAUCGAUUGCUGCCCAAGAUCUUCCGAUACCGCCAGCUCUCAUUGCCUCCGGUAUUUCUUUCUCGAUAGGCGCCUUUUCUCUAUUAUUCGGACUCCUAAACCUUGGAUGGAUCCUAAAUUUCAUCACUGUUCCUAUGCUAGUUGGGUUCCAAAUGUCAGCAGCGUUAAUCAUUGUUCAAGGCCAGAUUCCAUUGAUACUAGGAGAAUCAGGUGUGGGCCAAGACUUUACGCUACAAGGAACGCAAAUCCCCAAUAACAUUGCAACUACUCAGCCGUUAUCAUUGGCUGUUGGCGUAGCCUCCAUAGUGAUUAUCAUUCUACUGAAGCUCAUGGGUAAAAGGUGGGGGCACAAGAGUAGUAUCAUCAGGAUCUUGUCAAACUUACGGAACGCUUUCGUGAUUGCUAUUUCCACUGCGAUAUCCUUCAUCGUCAACAAAGAUCUCAUCAUUCCACAAUUUCCCAUCGCCGGGAAGGUAGCAUUAACCCUACAAUCUCCACAACUUCCGACUAAAAUUGUUCUGCUUGUCGCCAAGAAAUCAUUCCCCGUUUUUAUAGCUGCUAUGGCUGAGCAUUUGAUAUUCGCCAAGUCAUUUGCUCGUGAACACAACUAUGAAAUCGAUGAAUCGCAAGAACUCGUCUUUCUGGGGACCGCAAACAUUGUGAAUGGCUUUUUUGGUGGGAUGCCAGUAUCCGGAUCUCUUUCUCUAUCAGCAGUGAAUUCAACAACUGGAGUGAGAUCACCACUCAGUGGGCUUUUCUCUGCCGGAUUUGUUUUUCUUGCCAUCAAUGUAUUGACGGAAACUUUCCAGUGGAUACCAACCGCAGCAACCAGUGCAAUUAUACUUAUCUCUGUAGGAGAAACAUUACCUCCAAACAGAAUUCCACUCACAUACUGGAAAGGUUCAUUUGCAGAUUUCAUAGGCUUUUUUGUCGUCAUGAACGUGGCGUUGAUUGCAAGUAUAGAGUUUACUCUUGGGCUUGGUCCGCUAAAGCCCCACGAUCUCGAAAACAGAUACAGUUUUGAAAGUGUAAACAGAAUGAGUAUACCUCUUCAGGGAGGGCGCCUAGUACCUCAAGGCACGCAACUCAUUACGUUAGAAACUCCUCUCAUUUACUUGAACGCGGAGAGGAUAAAGAAAGAUAUUCUAGAAGCUAUUUGGACCUAUCACGAGCCGACUCUUUACGAGUCAACGGAACGAAAUGGAUGGAGCGACUAUCGAGUUCGAAGGACUGCCGCCCUCCGUCGCAGGAGUAACAUUAAUACACCAACCAGAUUUCUUCCCAGGCUUGAAGUCGUCGUAUUCAACUUCACACGAGUCACAUUCAUUGAUACUACCGGUCUCACCUACCUUCAAGAUCUCAAAGACGAAAUUAUGGCCUAUAGUGGUGACGCUGUAGAGUUACGUUUCGUAGUCGCGGGAAUCGACAUAAUAUUUGAAGAUCUACAUGAUGCGGUCGCAGCACCUAGAAGUGUUAGAGCAUCUAUGAAUGGACUAGAUUUUGGGUUUGUGAAUUCGAGGAAUGAUAUGGAACAAUUUACGGAUGAGGAGGCUUUUCAAAAGGGCAGGAUGAACAUCAUAGUGACAAAUGUUGUGACAAAGGAUGGGAGGGCGUAUAAGGAGGAAAUUUGA